GACACGGCUAUUUGAACAUACUGUAACUAAGUUGACACUAUAUAAGUUCGCACGUAAUCAGAAAGAUUUUAAUUUAUUAAUAGUUGCUCAUAGGCCCACACUUGAAACAGAGUCAUCUAGAAAUAUUUUUUUAAAAAAAAGAAACCAAAUGGCGAGGAACUGCUGCAUUAUCAUGCCAUGUAUCCUGGUAUUUUUGGUAUUACUAGUAAUCGGUUUAUCAUUAGGUAGUGAUGUAAUUGUUGCAACUGGAAGCUUUCCUCCGUCAAUUUUGAUUUCCAACAUUAAGACUGAUGACACAGUUAUCAAUUUUACAACCGUUUAUUCAAUGGUGAACAGACCUAGUGGCAUUGUUUAUGAUGAAAUCAGUUCAACUAUCUAUUGGAAAGAUUCAGAACGUUUGACAAUUGAAAGAUAUUUUAUUGAGAAUGGGACGCAUGAUGUUUUUUUGACGCCUAGUGCUAUAUCUAAGAGAGGUAUUGCAAUUGAUGUCAGUGAUCGUAAAUUGUACUGGGUGGAAGAUGACGCCUCAAUUUAUUCCAUCAACCUUGAUCGAACUGGAAGAACGUUUAUUACUUCCAGUGAUUGCGGAUGCACAUUUGAUUAUCUACAAGUAGAUUCAACUAACAGGUAUAUAUACUGGAUUAAUCAUUCUGCAACAAACAUGGUCUCGCGCGGUAACUUAGAUGCUGACGGUGAUAUUGCAGACACCAUUGCAAUCCUAUAUUCUAGUAUCUCUCUAAGUGGUUUGUCAAUAUCGAAUAAUGGACAAUUACAGAACAGGAAGUUUUGGAUCUACUAAAUAAUUUGAAGACUACCGCCCCUGGUAUCGAUAUUAGUGCUAAAUUAUCAGACUUCAUCUAGCUGGUGUCAUCAAACCCUUCCACUUAUUUAUUUAUCUAUUUAAUAAAAAUUCGUCACGAUAAAGAUAUCUACAUAUUGAUCAUGGGCGUGAUAGAGAUGAUAUGGCAAAAGCCCAACACAACAAGUGGUCAUCUUUAAACUUCUGGCCAACAGCUAUAUUAUCAAUUUAUCAAUAUCUACUGGCUGUGUUCCAGAGGGCAUGAAAAUUGCCAAGGUAAUU